GUUGUUUCGCUCCGGACACAUUAAGGGACGGACCACUACACUUCAGGAGGAGUGCCGUUGGUUUGUUGGUUGUGAAAGCGUGAAACUGUUCAGUCCCUGCUCGGAGUUUUUCCAUCAUGAGUUCAGAUCCUGGUUCAGACGCUGUUCUGUUGUUAGAGACGGUUCACUUUGCUGCUGAGAAACAUCGUAAUCAGAGGCGAAAAGACCCGGAUGAAACGCCGUACAUUAAUCACCCUAUCGGAGUAGCCAGGAUUCUCAGCCAUGAAGGAGACGUGACAGACGUUGAGGUUUUGCAGGCUGCUCUGCUCCACGACACGGUGGAGGACACGGACACCUCUCCUGAUGAGCUGGAAGCAGCGUUCGGGUCGGUCGUGGCUCGAAUCGUUCAGGAGGUGACGGACGACAAAAGUCUUCCCAAACAGGAGAGAAAACGUCAGCAGGUGGAACACGCUGCUCACUGCAGCCGCCAGGCCAAACUGGUCAAACUGGCUGAUAAACUGUACAACCUGAGGGACCUGAACCGCUGCACACCUGUCGGCUGGACAGCCGAGCGGGUUCAGGAGUAUUUCGUGUGGGCCUCAGAGGUGAUCAAAGGCCUGAGAGGAACCAACCCGGUUCUGGAGGAGAAGCUGGAUCAACUGUUCAAACAGAGAGGGGUCCAGCUCUGACAACACUAAUGCAACACAGUGGAGCACGGACCCGUCAAUUCACUAAUACGAUGCACUUCAUUUGUACUCUAGAUUGUUGAAAUAAAUUACAUUUCAUACACUUG